AUGCCUCAACUCGUGACAGCAGAAAUAGAAACAACAAUCCCAAGAGAUGAUGCUGGUUAUCUUGACGAAACAUACAUAAGUACUCUGUCAAGGCGCCUUCGACAGAAUCCAAAUUAUAGACCUGCUUCGGGUCAGGGUACCGAAGAUCUUCCUCUGCCAGACGAAAAUGCCCAGGACGACGCAGAAACUGACGUGACUGAACUUGACGACGAAGAUUGGGAAGAAAUACUUGAACAAACAAAGCAAAUUUUUGUUGCCUUUUUGCUUCCACUCAUAGGCAG